GGCCCUCGGGGGGGCGACGGUGAAGACCGGCUCCUAGGAUGAGUGAAGGGGCGGCCGCUGCCUCGCCACCUGGUGCCGCUUCGGCAGCCGCCGCCUCGGCCGAGGAGGGCACCGCGGCGGCUGCGGCGGCGGCGGCGGCGGGCGGGGGCCCGGACGGCGGCGGAGAAGGGGCGGCCGAGCCCCCCCGGGAGUUACGCUGUAGCGACUGCAUCGUGUGGAACCGGCAGCAGACGUGGUUGUGCGUGGUGCCUCUGUUCAUCGGCUUCAUCGGCCUUGGGCUCAGCCUCAUGCUGCUUAAAUGGAUCGUGGUGGGCUCCGUCAAGGAGUACGUGCCCACGGACCUGGUGGACUCCAAGGGAAUGGGCCAGGACCCCUUCUUCCUCUCCAAGCCCAGCUCUUUCCCCAAGGCUAUGGAAACCACCACUACCACCACUUCCACCAUGUCCCCAGCCACCCCCUCUGCCGGCGGCGCAGCCUCCUCCAGGACGCCUAACCGGAUUAGCACCCGCUUGACCACCAUCACUCGGGCCCCCACUCGCUUCCCUGGGCACCGGGUGCCCAUCCGGGCUAGCCCGCGCUCUACCACGGCACGGAACACUGCUGCCCCCCCGACGGUCCUGUCCACCACGGCCCCUUUCUUCAGUAGCACCACGCCAGGCUCCAGACCCCCGAUGCCAGGAGCCCCUAGUACGCAGGCAAUGCCUUCCUGGCCCACUGCGGCGUAUGCUACCUCCUCCUACCUCCACGAUUCCACUCCCUCCUGGACCCUGUCACCCUUUCAGGAUGCUGCGGCCGCCUCUUCUUCCUCACCCUCUUCCAUCUCUUCCACUACCACCACCCCAGAAACUAGCACCAGCCCCAAAUUUCAUACUACGACAUACUCCACUGAACGAUCUGAGCACUUCAAACCCUGCCGAGACAAGGACCUAGCUUAUUGUCUCAAUGAUGGCGAGUGCUUUGUGAUUGAGACCCUGACGGGAUCCCAUAAACACUGUCGGUGCAAGGAAGGCUACCAAGGAGUCCGUUGUGAUCAGUUUCUGCCGAAAACAGACUCCAUCUUAUCGGAUCCAACAGACCACUUGGGGAUUGAAUUCAUGGAGAGUGAAGACGUUUAUCAAAGGCAGGUGCUGUCAAUUUCAUGUAUCAUCUUUGGAAUUGUCAUCGUGGGCAUGUUCUGUGCAGCAUUCUACUUCAAAAGCAAGAAACAAGCUAAACAAAUCCAGGAGCAGCUGAAGGAGUCACAGAAUGGAAAGAACUACAGCCUCAAGUCACCCAACACCAUGACAAAGUCUGAGAGCUUGAUGAAGAGUCAUGUACAGCUACAAAGUUAUUCAAAGGCAGACAGGCAUCCUGUGACUGCACUGGAGAAAAUAAUGGAGUCAAGUUUUUCAAGUUCCCAGUCAUUCCCCGAGCUCCCUUCUCCUGACAGAGGAAGCCAGCCUGUCAAGCACCACAGCAGGAGUAUUUCUUCUUGCUGCAGCCCAGGACAAAGGAGUGGAAUGCUGUAUAGGAAUACCUUCAGAAGGACACCACCCUCUCCCAGAAGUCGAUUGGGUGGCAGUGUAGGACCAGCAUAUCAGCAACUGGAAGAAUCAAGGAUCCCAGACCAGGAUACGAUACCUUGCCAAGGGAUAGAGGUCAGGAAGACUAUAUCCCACCUGCCUAUACAGCUGUGGUGUGUUGAAAGACCCCUGGACUUAAAGUAUACGUCCAAUGGCUUAAGAAGUCAACAAAAUGCGUCAAUAAAUAUGCAACUGCCUUCAAGAGAAACAAACCCCUAUUUUAAUAGCUUGGAUCAAAAGGACCUGGUGGGCUAUUCAUCCCCAAGGGCCAACUCUGUGCCCAUCAUCCCUUCGAUGGGUCUAGAAGAAACCUGCAUGCAAAUGCCAGGGAUUUCUGAAGUCAAAAGCAUUAAAUGGUGCAAAAACUCCUACUCUGCUGACAUUGUCAAUGCGAGUAUUCCAGUCAGCGAUCGUCUUCUAGAAGAGCAACAGGAAGUGAAGAUAUUACUAGAGACUGUGCAGGAACAGAUCCGUAUUCUGACUGAUGCCAGACGGUCAGAAGACUAUGAACUGGCCAGCGUGGAAACUGAGGACAGUGCGAGCGAAAACACAGCCUUUCUUCCCCUAAGUCCCACGGCCAAAUCAGAACGAGAGGCACAAUUUGUCUUAAGAAAUGAAAUUCAAAGAGACUCUGUGUUAACCAAGUGACUUGAGAUGUAGGAAUCUGUGUGUUCUCUGCUUUGCUCAACAGGAAAGAGAGGAAAUUAAAUACAAAUUAUUUAUAUGCAUUAAUUUAAGAGCAUCUACUUAGAAAAAAAAAACCAAAUAGUCUGCCGCCCUCAUAUCAUAGUGUUUUUUAACAAAAUAUUUUUUUAAAGGGAAAGAAAUGUUUUAGGAAGGAUAAAGCUUGCCAUUAAAGCUUUUAGGGAGGAUUCUGAAUCCAAUUCUAGUUAGUCCCAACACUGUCCUCUUUGGCUCAUGGAAGAUUUGGCCAAUUCCAACCUCUGGCCUCAUAGUGCCAGUGUCUGUAUGGAAAAGAAACUGGUUUUUGCCUAGCUUCAAAGAGAUGAGCUGUAUCCCAAGGGUGGAUGUGCCAGUGGGUAGGUAGCCCUAGCCAUUUGGCUCUUGAGUUCCAACCCCUAAAUUUCUAUUCAUCAAUGCUCUCACCACAGUUUAUGUCAUGUCAAGGAAUGUAGUGCUUUGUAUUUGAUUUGUAAAGAAUGGCAGGAAAGCAUGAACAGGAAGGAAGAUGGAAAAUAGGAGUAAACUGGACGAUCUUAGCUCCCCACAUGUGCCAUCUUUCUUUGUAAUUUGAAAGCACAGAACCUCAGAGGAAGGUGUGAAAUUAUGAUAGAAAAAGAGACAAAAAAUUGACAAUGAUGUGCUACUAAAAUCAUGCUAAUAGUAAUGUUUUUCUUGGAGAGUAUUUAGAAGGUCUGAAAGGACACCUUUCAGUGUGUGUGUGUGUGUGUGUGUGUGUGUGUGUGUGUGUGUGUGUGUGUGUACCUGUGUGCACAGGUGUGAGCGUGUGAGUGUGUGGGCUUGCUCACCCAAGCACAUAUGCUGUAUGCACAUGUGUUCCUUGUAUGUAUGCGUGUGCAUGUGUGUGAAUAUUAAAGCUUGCUAAAAUUUAUUCUGAAACAUCAGGGAAUCUUACAUUAAAAGAAAAUUUCCCUCUUAGAUCUUUUCACUUUAAAAUUUUCCAUUAAAUAUAAAUUUGGUUAGUGAGUUCUUGAACCAAGGUAACUUGCAUGGAGGGGUCUUAUAAAAACUCUCGACAAUGUCUAGACCAUUUUUUGAUGUGAAUACUAUUGAAAAGGGCAGUCUUUGGCUUAUUGAUAUCAGUACCACAAAGAAAAUUAAUGGAGGAGUGUUUAUUUUGAAUCAUUUACUUUAAUUACUGACACAAGCCACUUAUCAAUUUAACAGUUGACUACUUUAUUUCUUGUCAUCUUCAUUGCUGUUUUACAGUAAGUCUGCUCUGUAGAGCACUGGCUUCUCCGGUUAACAUGGAAGGAAGAAAUUGUUGAAAAUCACAAAUCCCAGACUAUUCAGUUCACAAGCAAUGCCCCCAAACAGUAAAUUGUGUUGUAUGUUCAUUUGGAAUAAAGCAAUAUUUUUACCACUGCUAAGGUGAACUGAAAACCUCCUGAAGAUGUGUCUGUUUUAUUUUCCCUUAUUUUCAUGGGGCAUUCAAGGAAAGUAGUGUUCACAUACCCAGUCUUUAUCUGAUUAUUGGUGGUGUUGUUAUGUUUACACUGUUUAAAUAAAAAGGCACAGUAUUUGAAAGUA